AUGAGCAUAUUCCUGAGCCGUGCUCUCUCUCCGCAGGCGCUGUGCAUUAACGUUCAGUCGAGCGAUGUGUGUGAGACGCUGGCGCUGGUGUUCUGCGGCGCAGAUGUGAGCUGUGACACCGGUGACCCUGAGCUGCCCUCCCCGAUCGCUCUGGCCCAACACCACGGACAGAACCUGCAGCUGGAGUUCCUCACGCAGAACCGCAACACAGAACUCCCGAGGUCAGAGGUGAAGGUCGCCAUAGACAGGGUGCACUACAUGGCCCCGCCCUCCGUCACGCAUAAUGGGUUUCUAUUUAAGACCGCCUCCAUGGCUCGACCAAUCACAGAGAAGAAGGGGAAAGAAGAGUUUAGUCGGCGCUGGUGUGUGCUGAAUGACGGGAAUUUUAGCUACUAUGAAAGUGACAAAAACGCUACUCCGAACGGAGGACUGAAGAUGAAGGAGAUCGUCUGUCUGGCUGUCAACGCUCCCGAGACUCAUGGGUACGAUCACACGUUUGAGCUGUACUCGGAUGCCGAGCGCUUGUAUCUGUUCGGCACUGAUAAUCCCGAGACCAUGGGCGAGUGGGUCAAAUCCAUCGCAAAGUCGUUCAUUCCCGCGGCUGCGGAGGAUCUGUUACUGAAGGACUUCGAGCGCAUCGGCCGGCUGCGUUAUAAAGACAGACUGAACCGGGAGAUGUCGAGACUGGGCUGGUUCUGUCUGGUGGGGUCCAGUCUGCACAUCCGGCUGGAGGAGCACACCGCAGAAGAGACCAUCGACCUGCAGAAGCUCCUGGAGCUCUCGAUCCAGCCGGAGAAUGAGGUUCUGGUUCUGGUGGAGCGAGGCAGGACGCUGUACAUCGAGGGCGAGAGGAAGCUGGACUUCCAGGGCUGGGCGGCAGCCAUCCAGAGGAAUGCUGGGAGUUCUGGAGACACACUGAGUCAGCAGCAGCUGACGGAGGCCGACAUUCCCGUGAUCGUGGAGCGCUGCAUUCAUUUCACCACUCAAUACGGUCUGACCUCAGAGGGAAUCUACCGUAAGAGUGGCGUGAACAGUAAGAUCGCCGCCCUGCUGGAGGAGUUCAGACGCGACGCCAGAUGUGUUUGGCUGAAGGAAGGUGAACAUCAGGUGGAUGACGUCUCCAACGUCCUCAAGCGCUUCUUCAGAGGCAUCGAGGAGGGAUUGUUUGGCCUGGAGGCGCACAGCUGGCUCAGUGCUACAGUUUUUUCAGAUGAGAGCAGUCGGAUCUGUCAGUAUCGUCUUCUGCUGUGGAAUCUGCAAAAGCUGCAAACCCCAGAGCUGCAGUGUAGUAAUCGUCCAGAGAGAGAGUGGCCCGUCAAGUGUCUAAAAGUCUAUCAUGGCAUUAAAAAGAAGCUCCGUCCACCAACAUGUUGGGGUCUCACAGUCAUCUAUGAAAGUGAGAAGCAGGAAAAGCAGGAGAGACAACAGUGGUAUCUCUGCUGUGACACACAGAAUGAAAUGAGGGAAUGGUUUGCUACCUUCAUGAGCAUACAGAACGGAGGUCGUGUGUGGCCGGCGGAGUGGUUGAAAUCUCGUGCGGCGAGUCGCUCUGCGCCGCUGGACGCUCGCUUCGGUAACGUGUCUCUGAUUCCUCUGCGCGGCAGCGAGAACGAGAUGAGGAAUAGUGUCGCCGCUUUCACUGCCGAUCCUCUCGCCCUCUUCAGAAAUGUUUGACGGAGUGAAUGUUGUUCAGGAACUGUAGGUGUAUGCGGGUCACAGUCACAUCAGGCCGUCGAUCGCUCUGAUCCGGAUCAGUUCAGUCCGUCUGGAUCUUCUCACGCACUUUGACCUCCACAGAGGUGACAGCACCUUACAGCACAGGUCAUUCUGGGACAUCAGACUGUUACUGGCCUCCAUUCUCGUGGAUCAUUGUGAUGUUGACACGUGGAUCAUUGUGAUGUUGACACGUGGAGCGUUUAGUGUCCAUCUAACCCACUUAAACACCCGGAGGCGUCCGUGUUUUCUGUUUAACCUUCACACUUUUUACAGACUUUAUAACUUAUUUCAGCCUGUUUUAAUAUCAAUCAAAUGGAAUCACAUCAAGAACUUUAAAGGUCAAAGGUCACGGAUCAGUCCAUAGAGAGAGCGAGAGAGUGUGUGUGUGUGUGUGUGUGUGUGUGUGUGAGAGAGAAAUUAAUGGUGCAUUCACAUCAUGGCAGAAUGACCAUUUAUAUAUAUAUAUAGAUAUAUACACACAGGGUUCCUACAGGGUCUGGAAAAGUAUGCAAAAGAAAUUAGAGUAUGAAAAGUAUUUGUGUUUCCAGACCUUUGCCCCUAUUUAGUUUUUUCUAUAAUAGAAAAUUAAGAAUUUAAAUGUAUUGUAUAAGACGUCAAAGUCAAAAUACGACUGGAUGAAUUCAAAGUGCACUUUUCACUAUGCAAAAUGCAGGUUAUAAGCUUUUUGGGUUUAUUCUCACAAUAUUCUUAGCACUGUAUAACAUAGCCUCAAGGACUUCUGCAAAAAUAAAAUAUAUACAGACUUUUGUGCGCGCACAAGAAACCAUUAAACUUAACAUUUAGGACAACGCACGCUGAGCCACCUAUUGCGCCAUCAGCCCAUUUCACACUGUGUUUUUGUCCUCCUCAAAGUAUGCGUUAAAGAGACCUAAGGCCAUGAAAUAUGGCACACUGCCCUAACGAAAGCCACAUUUUUUACAGUACCAGUCUUUUUCAUAGACUCUUGAACUUGGCAGAUUUUAUGCCGUCAGCCCGUUUCGUGUCAUGGUUUCUCCGCCGCCACAGAGAUGUGUUCAGUUAGACAUUAGGCCUUUAUAUUAGAGGUACUACCAUAAGAAAAGCAAGUAGAUCUCUAUUAAUUCAUGUGCAUCCAUGCUAUCGUUUUAUUCAUAGUAAGAUGGCAGUGAUGCACAAAGGAGAUAGGUUAUAUAAAACUAGAAACUGUAAUGUGUAAGCAUGCAAACAAAAAGAUUCUUGUGUGCAUGUAAAAGACUGUUGUUUUUUUAUUUUAUUUUAGGGGCUCUGUAUGUUGUCACUUAGAGAAAAUCAAAGAAAAAAACCCCUGAGAAAAUAAAAAUAUUUACAGAUGACUGUACUAUAUACCAAAUAUAAUGCUGAAAAUAAUGCUC